AUGAGGACAGUGAAUGACCAAAGCGGCUGCUACAGGCCCGUAAAUAUCCAGGGAAACAAAGUCAGCUACCGCGGCUCCUGUCGGGAGAGCCCGGAAAAGGAGGUGAAAAGGCUGCAGAAGAGAUUUCUGCACAAGGAUGGCAGCUGCAACGUCUACUUCAAGCACAUCUUCGGGGAGUGGGAGAGCUACGUGGUGGACAUUUUCACCACGCUGGUGGACAUCAAGUGGCGCCACAUGUUUGUGAUUUUCUCCCUGUCCUACGUGCUCUCGUGGCUGUUCUUCGGCCUGGUGUUCUGGCUGAUUGCCAUCCAGCACGGGGACCUGUUCAGCGACGAGGAGGUCACCCCGUGUGUGGCAAACGUGCACAGCUUCACGGGAGCCUUCCUGUUCUCCCUGGAGACCCAGACCACCAUCGGGUACGGGUACCGCUGCGUGACCGAGGAGUGCUCGCUCGCCAUCCUCAUGGUGAUCCUGCAGUCGGUGCUGAGCUGCGUCAUCGACACCUUCAUCAUCGGAGCGGCCUUGGCCAAGAUGGCCACGGCCCGCAAGAGGGCCCAGACCAUCCGUUUCAGCUACUACGCCGUGGUUGGGCUGAGGGAUGACAAAUUCUGCCUGAUGUGGCGCAUCGGGGACUUCCGGCCCAACCACAUGGUGGAGGGCUCGGUGCGCGCGCAGCUGCUGCGCUACAGGGAGGACAAGGAGGGGAGGAUGACCAUGGAGUACCGCGACCUAAAGCUGCUCAAUGACCAGAUCAUACUGGUCACGCCAGUCACCGUCGUCCACGAGAUCGACAGCGACAGCCCCUUGUACGGCCUGGACCGCAAAGCUCUGGCCAAGGACAACUUUGAGAUCUUGGUGACGUUUGUCUACACGGGUGACUCCACGGGGACCUCCCACCAGUCGCGCAGCUCCUACGUCCCCAGAGAGAUCCUGUGGGGCCACAGGUUCAACGAUGUGCUGCACGUCAAGAAGAAGUACUACAAGGUGGACUGCUUGCAGUUUGAGGAGACCACGGAGGUGUACGCCCCUCACUGCAGCGCCAUGCAGCUGGAGCAGAAGGAGCAGGAGUGGAACCGCGCCGAGAAGACGCGGGAGAAACAAGCGGAGAAGUCAGCCCUGGAAAUCAAGUACAACCAAAAGCCCCUCAGCGCUGUUGCCCUCGUCACCAGUUGUGAGGAUCCUGAAGAGCCAGUGACAACUUCCAGCCAGCCUCCUGGAGAGGAUUCCUACAGGAAAGCAGCUGUGACCUUAAGCAGGCUCUCCAUAGAAUCCCAAAUCUGACUUUUCCUGCCUUUGAAACGCCUCCCAACAAAUUGUCCCCUCGUAGCUCCUCGAUUGCAAACAAUGAACUCGUGUGCAGCAGUAUUUAUGUCCCAGACCUCGCUGACAGCGUGGCCACACUGUCACACGCUGUCACACGCUGUCACACGCUGUCACACUCUGUCACAUGCUGUCACACCCUGCUGGGCUGCCAGGGACAGCU